AUGCUCAUUCCAACCCUUCUGGUCUCCUCAGCUUUCGCUUCCCUGUCGGCCAUUAUCCCAGGGUACACUAUACCUCCUUCGCUGACAUCUGAUGGAUAUUUAAUUUCUGUGCCUCCACCACAAGAAACUAUCAUAUCUCCAUCGCUAGCAACUAUCAUAUCUCCAUCGCUAGCAACUAUCAUUUCUCCACCGCUAGCAACUACCAUUUCUCCACCACUAGCAACUACCAUCUGCUCUCCUUCCCUCUGGAUUACUUCCAUUAUUGGCGCAGGAAAGACUACAUACAGGUCUACCAAGACGGUAGUCAUCCCUGUCACCACUGUCAUUGCGAAGCCGUCUAUAGCCACUAUUCCCAUCCCAUACACCACCACAAAAAACAGCAUCAAGACCGUCACCGCGCUCAGUACCGCUUACACAACCAAAACCUACCCUGUCGUCACUACCGUCUACAGCACCCGGGUGGAGAGCAACGUCAAGUCUUCCAUAAAAGUCGAGACAGUCCCGUUCGUUUCAACUGGCACUUCUUACAAGAUGAGCGUCGCAACUGCUACAGAGACCGUCAUCACCUCCAAGACGACAGCUUCUGUCGUCAUAGAGACGGCAAACGUACCCAGUACCUACAUUUCUACCGGCAUCAAGACGGUCUGCACGACCAACAGCGGUUACGGCAGCGGCUAUUACCCCGCUUGA